AAGAUUUUAAAAUUGGUAAUUAGUAAUUCCAAAUGCGAAUUAAUAAAAACAUAUUACCAAUACUAAAUACUGUGAAGUAUGCGGCAUUGAAAAAAGACAUCCCACUAUGGUCCACAGCCUCAUUCAAACGACAUUAUUGCGUAAACGCAGACGCGGAUUCGAGCAUAAACUUCUCCGAUAUCCCCAUAGAAAGAAUAAGGAAUUUCAGCAUCAUAGCUCACGUCGAUCACGGUAAAAGUACAUUGGCCGAUAGACUGCUGGAACUUACGGGAACCAUAAAAGGGGGCCCCAGUCAAAUUCUCGACAAGCUGCAAGUGGAACGGGAACGAGGCAUAACCGUCAAAGCCCAAUCGGCUUCGCUACUCUACAAACACAACGGAGAAAUCUAUUUAUUGAAUCUAAUAGACACUCCCGGUCACGUAGACUUCUCCAACGAGGUGCAACGAUCGUUAUCAGUAUGCCAGGGCGUUAUUUUGCUGGUCGAUUCGAACGAUGGGGUCCAAGCACAAACGGUCGCAAACUUUUAUCUCGCCUUCGUUAACGAUUUGGUUAUAAUCCCGGUGCUUAAUAAAAUAGACUUAAAAAACGCCGAUCCUCAAAGGGUCACCAACGAGUUGAAAUCUCUGUUCGAUAUCAACCCAGCGGACGUUCUAAAGAUCUCUGCUAAGCUGGGAAUAGGAGUAGAGAGCGUUCUAGAAAGCGUAGUAACAAAACUACCGAGUCCGAAAGUCGAUCGAUCAGCGAAUUUGAGAGCUCUACUAUUCGACUCGAUGUACGACAAGUACCGAGGCGCUCUAAGUCUAAUAUACGUCCAAGACGGGUGCGUUUCUUUAGGAGAUUCAAUCGCUACGUUUCACAAUAAGAAAGUAUACGAAGUGAAAUCGCUGUCGGUCCUUCGCCCCGACGAAGUCCCGGUAAAAAAACUGGUGGCCGGCCAGAUUGGCCUCGUAGGCUGCAACAUGAGGUCCCCCAAAGAGGCCUACGUAGGCGAUACUAUCCAUCACACCGAUUGCACGGUGGAGCCUUUGGAGGGAUUCAAAUCCUCGCGACCUAUGGUCUUCGCUGGAGUGUAUCCCACCGAUCAAUCGCAGCACAUCAAUCUUCGAAACGCCAUCGAGAAAUUGACUCUAAACGACUCCGCUGUGACUGUAGAUUUGGAUACCAGCCCCGCGUUGGGACAGGGCUGGAGAUUGGGGUUCCUGGGCCUGUUGCAUUUGGAGGUGUUCACGCAGAGACUGACGCAAGAGUACAGCGCCGAGCCCAUCAUAACGGCCCCAUCGGUGACUUACAAAAUCCGUUUGAAACCCACCAAGCAGAAUGUGAAAGACAAAUCGGAGGUGAUGUUCGUGAACAAUCCGGCUCAUUUUCCCGAACAGAAUCGAAUCGAACAAACCUUCGAACCCAUGGUGAUCGGAACGAUCGUGACUCCGGAUAAGUACCUGGGCCCCAUUAUGUCUUUGUGCAUGGAGCGCAGAGGGGUGCAAAGGACGGCGAAUAACAUAGAUAAUAGCCGAGUGAUUCUACAAUACGAUCUACCUCUAUGCGAAAUCGUGUUGGAUUUCCACGAUACUUUGAAGACCAUUUCGUCGGGUUACGCUAGCUUCGAUUACGAAAACAACGAUUACAUCGAAAGCAAUUUAGUUAAGUUGGGGAUUCUACUAAACGGUACUCUGGUGGACGAAUUGAGCCAUAUCGUGCACGUGACGAAGGCGAGAACCAUCGGCAGACAAAUGGUGUUGAAAUUGAAAGAGAUGAUUCCACGUCAGAUGAUUCACAUCGCCAUACAAGCCGUGGUUAAUGGUAAAGUCAUGGCUAGGGAGGAUCUGAAAGCCUAUAGGAAAGACGUCACGGCGAAAUUGUAUGGCGGUGACGUUACGAGAAGGAUGAAACUAUUGGCCCAACAAGCGGCGGGAAAGAAAAAGAUGCGGAUGGUCGCUAACGUCUCGAUACCCAAAGAAACGUUUAUAGAAGUUUUAAAGAAAUAAAUUAAUUAACAAAUUAGUUUUUUUUAAUUUUUCUUUAUAAAAUCGUUUAAGAAUAUAAAAUAUUUUUGUUAUAGCAAUAGGAAAUCGGUGACGCGUUUGUUAAAAUCAUCGGCGUACUUUAAAUGGAUAUUGUGCUUUCCAUCCGGAUACCUGUGCAACCUAAAAAAACAAUCAUAAAUUAACUUAUUAAAAACGCAUUUUAAUAUUUUAUCCAUACUUUGAUCGUUUAAUGUUUUUCAAUAGAUAAUCGGGAUGUUCGUCGGCCACCAGAGGAUCUUUAUCGCCGUGCAAAAUCAUCGUAGGACAUUUGAUAUCCUUCAAAACUCCUUUGCAAAUAUCACCGCCUUUCGAAUAGAUCUUCACCAACGUAUCGCACCAAUCGUUCCACAUGUUAUGCAGCCCCUCUUCCGUGUACAUCGCCACCAGAGGGCCCUUCAUUUUCUCCGACCACUUCGCGGUGUCUCUCAGUUUCUCGUACGCCUCCAAUUCCUCUUCGAUCACGUAGGAAUUCGAGCCCCACACCACCAAUUUCUCCACGUUUUCUUGAUAUUUAGCCGCCAGUAUCAGACCGGAGAUGCCUCCGUCGCUCCAGCCCAACAGCGAGAAUUUCCUAAUGCCUAA